AUGAUGGCUGAACUUUCAACUUUUGAUAUGUUACCAGAUGAAAUGUUAUUACAUAUAUGUCAAUAUCUUCGUUGUGCCGAUAUUCUCUAUUGUUUUUACAAUCUAAAUACUCGUCUUAAUAUAACCAUAAUUGAUUUUUGUCAUUAUGUCAAUAUCACAGGUGUUCAAUAUAAACAAUUUCAAUAUGUUGCAUUGAAAAUUUUACCUGAAAUCGGUUCAUCUAUUCGAUCAAUUGUUUAUCAUGGAAAUUGGCAAGCUGUUGUGUCGGAUCAAAUACGUUCAAUAUUGUUUUGUUCGAAUUUGUCCAUGAUAUUUCCACAAUUACAUACAUUGAUACUUGUAUCUUUUACAGGUGAACAACUAUUUACAUUUCUUGAUGCAAUUAAAGAUCUUGUGCAACUAGUCAAGCUUGAUAUUCAUUAUCUUGAAAAUAUAGUUCCAGAAGAAUUAUUGAAAAAAGUUCUAGCUGCUAAUGAUGGUCGACUGAAAUCGAUAUCAUUCGAUUAUGAUUCAGUUGAUCUGAUUUUGAAUGAAGCUCAACAUGAUCAACCUAUUUCAUAUCCGAAUAUUGAAGAAUUGACAGUCGGUUUGAUGAAAUGUGAAGCACUAGAAUGUCUAUUUACGCUUGUGCCAAAUAUCAAUCGACUAUACGUGAAUUUCGAUGAUUCGUCAAAUUUAUCAUUAGAAAAAUUAAAAGAUAUGCCAUUUUUAAUAUAUUUGAAAGACUUUCAGUUGCGUUCAAUGGAUAUGUAUUGGACAUUUGACAAAAUCAGUAAUAUAUUGACUAAAAUGCCAUCUCUAGAAAACUUAGCGCUUGAUCUAUCGACAGAAGAUGCAUGUCUUGUUAACGGACACAAUCUUGCUGCAAUUCUACCUACAUCACUUGUGAAUCUCAAUUUGUUCAUUAUUUAUUUCCUUUCCGAAUCCUGUAGUCAAUCAGAUAAUUUGCUUAUUACAUGGCCGAAUCAUAUUCCAAUAACAUAUUUGUUGAGUGCAUGUCAUCGAUAUGCUAUUAUUCAUACGAUUCCUUGUGAUCUAUCUUCCAUUGUCAUUGCAGCACAAAUAAGUAAACAAAUGUUAACUGGUUGGGAAUAUAUGCAAAAAGUUAAGCAUCUAAGAAUUUAUGGAUCAGCAUCUUUCACUGACAUACCUAUGAUCGUACAACAUUUUCGUCAACUUCGAACGCUCAAGAUUGAUGUAGAUUGGGAUUCAGAAGCACGUAUGUAA